UCCUGCUGAUCUUGAUUUCCGAUUUGUGUUUUUAGGCAGAAGAUGGAAACGUUUCAUAGUUUAUAUUGUCUUUGAGCGAAUCCUUUAAUAUUUUUUCACCGUGUAGAGUAUGUCUACUGAUGACAAUAAAACAAUCCAGGAUGAAGAAAUUGAAGCCUUAUCUGCAAUUUAUGGGGAUGACUGGGUUACCAUCGACAGUGAAUCACGAAAUUACUGCAUAAAAAUCAAAGAUGAAAAUUCAGAAAAUGUUAUUUUGAUGGAGGUUUUGUUUCCUCCUUAUUAUCCUAAGACAUCACCACCUCAGUAUACGUUAAGUGCACCAUGGUUAAGAAGAGAGGAAAAAAUUAGUCUAGAAGAUGCAUUAGCAGAUAUAUACUGUGCAAAUAUUGGAGAAAGUGUCAUAUUCCUUUGGGUUGAAAGAAUACGUGAAUAUUUGCAGGAGAAAAGCAGUGUGAAAAGACAAGAAAACCCAGUUAGUCCAGCUAGUUCACAUGACGAUUCAGAUGAAAUUUCAAAGGAGGAAGAUGAUUGUUCAGAGUACAGUUUUACAAAAAUACAGGAAGAACUUGACAAGUGCCCCUCAGAGGAGCAAGAGGAAAGUAGAGAGGAGGUAGAGUGUCCAGAGAUUCACCAUGGGGAGAGUUUUAUGGACAGAAAAAGCGUUUUUCAAGGUCACAUAGCCUCAAUAUCUCAAACAAAGCAGGUUAAAUUAGUUCUACAAUCUCUUUACCAAAGUAAGAAGAUUGCUUCUGCAACACACAAUAUAUAUGCAUACCGGAUAAGUAAAGAUGACCAAUCAGAGGUCUUCUACCAAGGCUGUGAAGAUGAUGGGGAAACUCAAGCAGGGUCAAGAAUGUUACAUCUGAUGCAGAUAGUGGACGCCCGCAAUGUCAUAGUAGUGGUGACUCGCUGGUAUGGAGGAAUACAUCUCGGACCAGAUCGAUUUAAACACAUCAAUAAUUGUGCCAGACAACUUUUGGAUGAACAUGGUUAUAUCAAGUCAAAGAAUGAGAAAAAAGGUCCAAAAAGCAGUAAAAAGAAAAGGUAGCAUAUGUAUUCUGAUAUCAUUUUACAGGGAUUAUGGGGGAGUUUUGUUUUAGCAUUUUAAUGUACAUGUAAUCUGUGAUUUUAUAUGUACCUUAAUUUUACUAUAUUUAUUGUUAUUGAUAUGAUAUACACAUUGAAUGUGUAAUGUGCAAUUUACAUGAAAAUGAUAUAAUAAAUAAGUAUUUACA